UUGUUCAGAGCACGGGAAACAGUUUAAACAGCUUCAGCGCAAUUUUCUUUAAGAAGUUUUAAUGUGAUUGUUCCUGUUGAUAUUUUAACAAAGUAUUUGAGAAUAUGACGCAUAUAAAUUGAGAGUUGAGACUAGACAAGCAGUAGAUCAUCAUAAACAUUUAAGCUCUAGAAACAUGAUUGAAGUUAAAGCUGGAUAUCUUGAGAAAUUAAGUGGUGGGUUAAAACGUGAAUGGAAGAAACGAUAUUUUGUUUUGUAUCAAGAUGGACACCUUGUGUAUUACGAUAAACCAGGCAGUGAAUAUUGUAAUUUUGCUUUCAACGUAAAAAGCCGUGAAAGAAUAGAUUAUGGAAAUGAGAUAAAGAAAAAUCUACAGCAUAAGUCUCCUGGUAGAGUCCAAUGUAUGUUUUACAUUCGUUCAUCAGUAAAGAAUUUCUGCCUUCGUGCCGAAAACGAAGAAGAAGCCAGAGACUGGGUGCAGGAACUUAAUAAAAUACCACAAAUGGCAAUUACAUACUCAUAUUAUAGUGGUUCAUCGUCAAGAAGCGGGUUUCAUACAGGUCAUGCGGGUGGUUUCUUUGGUGGAUUCUCUGGUGGAUAUGGAGGUGGAUGUGGGGAUGGAGGUGGAGGUGGAUGUGGAGGUGGGGAUGGAGGUGGAUGUUAAUGAUUGUUGUGACUUUGAUUAAAAUUAAAGAAUAAGACUGAUAUAUUUGUGAAAUAUAUACUUUGAAUAUAAAAUUAAUCAUUAAUUUUAGUUUAGCAUUCAUAGUUCAGUAAACAGUAUGUUUGUAUUGAAUAAAGAUUUCCACCAAGGAAUGAAUUAAGAUUUGCAAAGGAAAUAAAGAGAAUAAUAAUUUUAAAAAAA